UCGGUAUGUGACUGGAAGUUCGGUAACGAAUAACGAUGCUAGAUGCCAGAAAGAUGGAAACAGAAGUCAUCUGACGUGAGCUUCGCUAGAUAUUUUGCUAGAGCCCUUCAAAGGUAGAGCCCUGAUGAAUGAAGACUGAAGAGAUUUCCAAGGGCAGCAAACUUGCAACGUUGAUGUUGAUGUACACUAAUAACUAUGAAUACCGGUUUCGGGGUUUCGGCGGUUUCCGCCUCAUACACCGCGCAGUAGUCCGAUAAGGUUGACUCUUGUUACCUGCCAUAGAAUGCGACGAACUUCCAGUGUCUAUAGUGGAGUACGGCACAUCUACCGGAAAUGAAAAUUUGAUAAUGAUUAUGAGAUUUCCUUUAGGUUAUCAGAUUAUCUACAUGUAGGAAGAGGAACACAAGUUUAGAUAACUAAAACGAUACGACUUAUUCUUCAUUCUAUAAGAAUCAACGGCAAGUUUAUCAUUCAGUUUUUCAUAUUAGUUAAAUAUUGAAAAUGAAUAAUUUUAGUGAAAAGUUAAUGAAAUUGUACGCGAUUAUUCAAAUUUUAUUUGUAAUUAAUGUGAAUUUUGCGAACGGUUAUAAUUCAUGUUACGAUCAACCGGAGAAAGUUUUAAAAGAAAACUGCAAAGUAUUAGAUACUGGGUUAAGCAAUCCAUCCGAUUAUAAAGCUUUUUUUCCAAUUCCUAAAACGGACAGCGGCGAAAUAGCGUUGGAAUUCUUCGUCAAAGGAGAUCAAGACGUCUCCAUAUUAAUUUCGCCAACAGAAGAGUUGCCAAAAACGAAAGAAGAAGACUUACACGCCUACGAAAUAGUUUUGGAUUCUGGCAAAACGCAUUCAUCAAUCCGAAGGCAUCGAUUACAUAAGGAUGUUGCGGUGCAUCGCCAAGGGAACGUUUUAUCGCCGAAAGAGUGGCGUCAAUUUAAAAUAAAUAUAUCAACGGAUGGAAUUAUUCGAGUCGGAAACAGUUCCAAUGAGGCUUUCUUGUUUUGGAAGGAUCAAGACGUGCUACCAAUUGAUUACUCGUAUUAUAGCUUUUCCAGUCAUUUUCCGCACCGGACAUCUUGGUAUCAUGAAUGCAAGAAUGAAGCUGGUAAAAUAUACAACCAAGAAAAACUUAAAUACAAUUUUUUUGGUAAGGGUGGCUAUCAUAAAGAAUUUCGUCCAAACCAUAUCGAUAAAGCAUCACCGCAAAUCGAAAUUCAAAGUUCGUAUUUGGAUUUGAAUAUUCUAAAUGGUUUCAUGGAAUUACGUGGGACGAUAAUUAUAGAAUGGUUCGAUGAACGACUGACUUGGUAUCCAUACCAACAUGAUGGACAAGAUUCGUUUGAAAUUGAUUUGAAUCCCAUUUGGAGACCGGAAAUACAACUAACAAACCAAGUUUUCGUUCGCGAAUACUUUAUCGGUGUUGGAAAGACGAUCAUAUUUAGAAAUGGAUGGAUCAAACACACAGCAUCGUCAAAUAUACAAUCGAGAUGCCAAAUCGGUUCAAAUUCUAAAAUCUUGGAUAUUUAUACAUGUAACCUCAACUUUAAUAUGGAUAUUCACGCCAAUUUCACUUUUUCCAAGCUGACAUACUCGGGUGUAACAUCGCCGUGGGUAAUAACAGAAACCCAAUGUACAUAUUCCCUGGUAAAUGAUGAGACGAAGCGAUUGGAGACGGCGUCAAUAGACCUGAAAUUAAAACGAAAUAUUUCGCAGCCAUCAUCUUCUAGUGUAUUUGCAAAGGUUGGAUUCGUCGUGUUGUUAUUGCUAGUGGGGGCAUUUAGCUUGAUCACUGUCUACUUGUUGGUUCAAUUAGCCAAAAACUCACGUCCGCCUUCAAAAGAUGUGCAAUUGAGCACUUUGAGUUCUGGAGAUACGAACGAUAACGAAGGCGAAAAUAGCUCAGCAACAGGAUUGCUACAACCAGCAACUAAUGAGGAAAACGCGGGAAAGUCUCAAACGAGUAACAACUUACAAAUAGCCAUAGUAAUACAAUUAUCAACAUGUGCAAUUUGCUUGUUUGUCCUUAUUAUAUAUUUCUGAUCACAAACUGAAAUUUUUAAAAUAACAUUUGAAUUAAUCGACUUAAUCGUUACGGUAUUUCGAAAGGAGGUAAUAUUCAAUAGGGUGAUUGUGGUCGUUUUAUUCGUUUGUGUCACCAUGGCACAAUUUGUACAUAGUUUGUUGUAUUCGUUGAUAUGAUAGUUUUAGGCUAUGAUAAUGCAUCGUCAUGUUUUAUUAUUGUUCGUUAUAAUAAAUUUUAAAAUAAAAUACGUGUAUAAAAGAGACUUAAUUCGAA